UUUGGGUUACCAAGGAAUGGGAAGAUUUGCAUUUGCAAUGUUUUUACUUAAAUAAAAUGAAACAUUCAAGCUUUUCCGAAAAUGAUUGGCUAUUUUUUUAAAACUAUAGUCACUCCAAAUCAUCAUCACUCCAAAAACCUGUUAAAUUGUGAAUCACAGUAUACAUAUAUGUACUACAUAAAUAAAUGACGGCUCUUUCCUGCAUUCGCUAAUACGAAGAUUAUGAAUGAGGUGGUGAAGUAUAAGCCUCCACCACCAAAGAAGGCUGGAGCUGUAGCUGCUGCAAAAGCCCCAGGUGGCAUGGAAUGGCGUGUGUUGGUGGUCGAUAAGUUGGGUAUGCGUAUGGUGUCUGCAUGCACUAAAAUGCAUGAAAUAAGCGCCGAGGGUAUUACCUUGGUGGAGGAUAUCAACAAAAAGCGUGAACCGCUUCCAACCAUGGAUGCCAUCUACUUGAUUACGCCGUCGGAUGAGUCGGUGCGCGCAUUAAUACGCGAUUUCGAGAAUCCGGCUAGACCAAUGUAUCGUUAUGCGCACGUCUUCUUCACUGAGGCAAUACCUGAAGACAUAUUCCAUAUGUUGCAAAUACGCAGCGACAUUACGCGCAAAUAUAUACGCACAUGCAAAGAAAUAAAUAUUGCAUUUUUAGCCUAUGAAGACAAGGUCUACUCGCUCGAUUCGCCAGACACCUUUCAGUGUCUGUAUUCGCCAGCGUUUGCUUCGAUACGCGCCAAGCACAUCGAUCGCAUCGCCGAGCAAAUCGCGACUUUGUGUGCCACACUCGGCGAGUAUCCGAUGGUGCGAUAUCGCACUGACUGGGAUCGCAACAUAGAUUUGGCUGCUGCGGUGCAGCAGAAGUUGGACGCCUAUAAGGCGGAUGAGCCCACAAUGGGUGAGGGUCCGGAGAAGUCACGUUCGCAAUUGCUAAUAUUGGAUCGUGGUUUCGAUUGUGUCUCGCCAUUGUUGCACGAAUUAACGCUGCAAGCGAUGGCCUACGAUCUGUUGCCGAUCGUCAACGAUGUCUAUCGUUAUACACCCGGUCCGAAUCAACCCGAAAAGGAGGUGCUACUCGAUGAGAACGACGACUUGUGGGUGGAAUUGCGGCAUGAGCAUAUCGCUGUGGUGUCCACGCAGGUGACACAGAACCUGAAGAAGUUCACCGAAUCGAAGCGCAUGACAUCGACCGAUAAAGCUUCCAUGCGCGAUUUGUCGCAAAUGAUCAAGAAAAUGCCUCAGUAUCAAAAGGAGUUGUCCAAAUAUUCAACACAUUUGCACUUGGCUGAGGAUUGCAUGAAGACUUAUCAGAGCUACGCCGAUAAGUUAUGUCGCGUUGAACAGGAUCUAGCUAUGGGCACCGAUGCCGAGGGUGAAAAGAUCAAGGAUCAUAUGCGCAAUAUUGUGCCCAUUCUUCUCAAUGCGGAUGUUUCCAACUUCGAUAAAGUACGCAUAAUCGCGCUCUAUGUUAUGAUCAAGAACGGCAUAUCUGAGGAAAAUCUAACCAAACUCUUCACGCACGCCUCACUCUCGCCGAAAGAUCAAGAUAUGGUGCGCAAUUUGAGCUUUUUGGGCGUGAAUGUGAUUGCCGAUUCACGCAAGAAAGUCUACAACGUUCCACGCAAAGAGCGUAUCACCGAACACACUUAUCAAAUGUCCCGUUGGACACCAGUCGUGAAGGAUAUUAUGGAGGAUUGCAUUGAAGAUAAGUUGGAUCAGCGUCAUUUCGCUUUUCUGGCUGGACGUGCGCAGAAUACCAACUAUCAUGCGCCAACAAGCGCACGCUAUGGCCACUGGCAUAAAGACAAGGCACAGACUCAGGUGAAGAAUGUACCACGUCUCAUUGUAUUCAUUGUGGGCGGUGUUAGUAUGUCCGAGAUGCGUUGCGCUUAUGAAGUCACCAAUGCCGUUAAGAAUUGGGAAGUGCUCGUCGGUUCGUCGCAUAUACUAACGCCCGAAGGUUUCCUUAGCGACUUGGGCAGUCUCUCCAAAGAGGAUUAAGCAGCUACAGCGCAGGCUCGAUAUAUAAUUAACUAAAAAUUUAUUAAUUUAAAGGUAAAGUUUAAUACUUAAUUUAAAAGCAAAAACAACUAACACAUUUAUGUAGUUUAAAUAUGUGUCCUACUAAUUAUUGAAAUCAGGUAUUGAAAGGAAGCGUACUUCAAUGUACAAGGUUAUGUUUGUAGUUAUUAGUUUAACAAAUUUAACAAGCGUUGUUGGUAUUUUUGUGUAUUUGCUUUGUGAAAUGUAAAAGAAAUAUACAUAAUGGUAAUGCAAUAUUAUUGGAAAUAUGUUGUUAUUACAACUUAUUGUAUUUCUAAUGUGUAAUUGUUAGCAAUAUUUCGUUUUGUCUUUAGGUUAACUGUCCGCUAACGUGUUUACAUAGGUAUUAAUAACUGUAUUGAUGACACUGUAACAACUUGUAAACACGAUUACAUGGUGUAUGCACGUUACAACUUUUGGUUAAAAAAAGAGUUACGCACACACAUAUCCAUACAUACUUGUGUGUGCUGUGUUAUAUACAUAUAUCAUAUAAAUAUAUAAUGAAAUGCUAAAAACAACAAUAUGCGCAAGCAUAUCAAUAAGUUGCAAAGUAUUCACGUUGUUUAUUGAAUUGUAUUUAUGUCGCAUAUUUAAAUGGAAAAAUAUAAAUAUUUUAUGCAACUAUAAUUCCACUUCAGCUUAUAUAUCUUUAUAUAAUACUUUAUUAACUACUAUUACUUGCAAUAUUUUGAACAAUUUAUGCGCUUUUCUUAGUAUAUACAAUAUUCAAGAGCAAAAAAGUGUUAAAUACAUAAUAAAUGCAAAAGAAAAAUUUGCGAAAAAUAACUAAACACCGAUUUUUAAUUUAAAAUUUGAAUUAGUAAUAAAAUAACAAUAAAAAGAAGAAAGAAUUAAAUAAAAUAUUAUAAAAACAAAUUAAGUGCAAGAUCUAUAUUAAUAAUGAAAAAUAUUAAAAAAUUUAGUAAAAAAUCGAAAUAAAUUAUAAAGAAAUAAAAACAAAAAUAAAGUAAAAAAUUGUAGCAUGCGCACAAUGCAGUUCAUUUUAGCAGAAGUUGUCGGCAAAAAUGUGCUGUUAAACAAAAUUAUAUAAGCAAAGAAUUUUCAAAUACAUAUAUGAAAUUUAACAUUAAAUGCACUUGCAAAGUAACUGUAUGCAUAUUUAGUAUAAAUAACAUUUGAUGUAGCAGCAAACAGUCACAAAUAACAUUUAAAAACACUUAUUUAACAUAAAUAAAUUAUAUAUUAAAUUAUGUAUGUAUUAAAAAACGGUUUGUUUUCAACCUUAUCCAUAAAACGCAAGACAAGACGAGUACGAGCAAAAAUUAAUACAAAUUCGAUUUUGAAAAAAUAAACAAAAAAUGUUUGCAUACAAUUUAUUAAACUACAAUAUUAGCAAGAAUAUAUAUGCAUUGUUAAACGGACCACACGUGGCCGUUAACGUAACCGUUUAUAUGCGUAGUAGUAACAGUAGGAAUUAUUAUGCUUACGAUGCUUCAAUGAAAUUUGCAAAAUGCAUGCAGUGAAAAGUUUUGCGCAGACCAACUACAGUUAAACUUAUGCUAUUUAACUAAAACACAAUUUCAAUUAUUAACAAAUUUUACAGCAACAAAAAUAUAUAAUAUUUCAAAUAUUUUUCAACAAUAGUUAAAAAAAGGAAAAUUACGAGUGCUAAAUACUUGAAAGCGUGGAAAACUUAAAGAACUACACUUAUUUUGAUGUAAAAAGUGCUAAAAGUGUUAGGCAUUUGUCAGCAAAGCGGCAAAAAACUUAUGAAAAAUCAGCAAAACAAAAACAAAAAAGUCAGGUUAUGUGAAAAAAACAUGGUUAUGUGCAACUGAAAUACUGCAUGAGCUUUAAAAUGUAAUUUUGACUGUCAACGUGCUUUAUUCGCAACUCACUGAACGUCGAUACUGUGCUCAAUGCAGCAUAAAGUAGUAGUUUAUGUGCUGCGGAAGCCGUGCUAAUAGUGUUUUCUUACCGUGGGUUAUAAAUUUACUAAUUAAUUAAACAUGUCUACGCGAAAAUGCGAUUAUUUGUUUACAAUUUAUAUAUAAUAUUUUUAUAUAUUAUAUAUUUUCAAUUCUAAUAAAUUUUCCAAUAUAAUUCUUUUUAAAAAAACAUUAAAAUAUUUGAAAUAAUCUUAAUGAAUCUUUCUAAAAAAUUUUUAAAUUUUCAACUAAAAUUUAUAAAAGUUCAAAAAUCUUAAAUUUUUAAAUAAAAUAAUUAAUUUAAAUUUUCAUUUUAAUUUCAAAUAAAAUGCAUAAAAUUCAAUUUAGAUUAACUUUCUGUUUUUAAAUGUUCAAAAUUCUCAAAUUUUCAAACAAAAUGCUUACAAUUCAAAUUAAGAUUAACUUUCUAAAAAAUUUUACAUUUUUAAUUACAAUUUUUUACAUUUCUAAUAAAAUUUAUAAAUGUUCAAAUACAUUUUUAUUUUUUUUUUUAAAUAAAUUUUUACAUUUUUCAAAGAAAAUGUUUAAUUUUUCAAAAAAACAUACAGCUUUGCUGGCAGGCGUGUAACAGCUAUUUCCAACUAUGACACAAAACUACAAAAACUAACCUAAAAUUUUAUUAUACACUUAUUAGGUUUGUUAUAUAACUCUAUUUGCGUCUAAAAAACUAUAAAGCAUCUAUGCAUAUACAUACAUACAUACAUAUGUAUGAAAUGCUGCGUAUAUGCGCGGCAAGCAUACAAACUCUAAUGACUAUUCAUCGCACCACAUAUAUACCUGUGUGAUACUUCCAAACAAAACAAAAACAAAAAUGUAAACAUACUCGUACACCUCUACAUACUUACUUUAAAUAAUUUAUAAUAAAAGUAGAUGAGCAGCGCGUGUAAGCGGGGUAGUUAAAAAAAUAAGUAAAUAAAUAAAAAAGAAUGCGUUUACAAAGUUGGCAAAGCAAAAACCAAAACAAAAAAAAAUCCAUAAGAAUGUUCGAAAUGCAAUACAGUAUUUUACAAUUUACAUAAAUAUAAAGUAACGAGCUAGUGUAUAACGAGCGUACAGCAUAAAAUAACGAGCAGCAAUUUCAAUUCUUUAUAUAUACAUACUUAUAUACAUAUACAUAUAAAUAUAAAUAUAGUUAAAUUCAAUAAAUUUAGCUAAUAAGUAUGGAAAUUAUAAAAUAUACGCUAAAAACUAUAAUAAUAAAUAAAUAACAAAAAUGUGGCAAACGCCUACACCGAAUACCCGCUACACCCGGUCCGAGCAACAACAACAGCUGAUAGCAGACGCACGCACCCACGCGUGCUGCUGGCUAUUGGUGUAUUUGCGGCCACUCAAGCGACCAACCAACAACAACAACAACCGGCAAAUGAUGCUGCAAUUUGUCGCAUUGGCAAAAACAACAACAAUUGCAAUGCAUAAAUUGAGGAUCACAGGACAAAUUGCAGCGUCUGCAACUAUAUUGACAGCCUGCAGUGACGUAUGCGCGCGUGCACAGGUGCCUUGCUGCUGUUUUGCGCGACGAAGGGUGUCGAGCGCGCGUGUAGUUGUGUUUGCUACGCAUAUUUCAUGUAUUUCAGUAGUGAAAAAACUUAAAAUAUUAAUUGUUUAUUGCUUGUUAUAAAGAAAAUAUAUAAUAGACAAAAUAAGCUAUCGCAAUUAAGUGUACUAAAAUCAAAACUUAACGAAAGGUGUCGAAUUAUGUAUGCAAGUAUCUAUUUAGGCUAUUAACAUAUGAAAAAAAAAUUGAAAUUCAAAUGACAAAAUUAUAUAAUGAAAAUAAAAUUACUAAAUUAUAUAUUUAAAAAAAAAUAAGUUUAAUAUACAUACUGUCGUAUAUAUGUAUAUACAUUGGUAUACAUAUGUUGGCGUAUACGUCAAAAUUAAUAAUUAAAAAUUAGCAAUUAAUUAAAAAAUCCAUUUACACAUAUGCAUAGAUGUAUGUAAGCACAGGCAACAUUAAGUACCAAAAAACAACACAUAUAAAUUAAUAUUGCAAACAUUUAUUAACAGCAUACAUAUGUAAACCAUAUUAAUAAUUAUACAACACAUAUGUACAUUCAACUAAUAAUUGCAACAAAAAACAAUAUAGCUAAUAACGAACGCAUGACAAUUUGCAAUAACAGCGCUGAACAACAGGCAGCACGCGCCGGCUAACGGAAAUGUGACAACAGCCGCAUGCAACAACUGAAAUGCGCAUAACGGUAAACUGCAACUGCAGGUAAUUUGAUUGAUAAAACGGACAAGCUGCAGCGCGGGCGCGUAUAUCAAACGAAUUCGUAAUCAUUGUAACACCAAAAACAAACAAAAGUCAAAACAAUCGCUUAAAUAUUGAGGAAAACGCCUUGAGUAUAUGUAUACCAUACACAGAGUAUAUAUAUUUCAACAAACGAGCAAUAAUAUUAGAAAACCAUAUAUAUGUAUAUAUAUGUACUACAUAUAUGCAAUUUUCAAUAUAAAAAAGCAAACAGUGACAACAACAACAAAAAACAACGUUCAACAAACUCGUAAAUAAUUCUGUCAAUUUUUUUCUUAUUACGGCAACACUGCUUACAGUGUGUGCCAAUUUUUAUAGCGUAAGCAAAUUUUAUAUAUUUAUGUAUGCACGCCCAACGCACGUAUGGGGUUUUAAGCAGUCAGCAUAGCAAUUAAAAUAUAAACCAAACUAAAAAAUAAAAUGAUGUUUAAAAGAAAUUGUAAUUAAAAAAAUAUGAAAAUGUAGUGAGCGAUUGAAAAUUGAACAGAAAAAGGCAAAUAUCGCAAAAAUAAUGGUUAACAAGAAAAGAAAGGCGCGCUUGAAAUGCGGAUAGUUGCAUAAAAAGUAAGCAGAAUAUGUAAAAUGUAGCGUGAAAAUUGUAAGUAAACAAGAUUUUGCAAAUUUCAUUGAAGUCGAAGUUCGUAAAGGUGCAAGAUAAAUGCAUUAUAGUAUAAUAUUAGAUUUGGAAAAUUUAUAAUAAUUAAUAAAAAAUUUCAAAAAAAUUGUAUUAAUUAAAAAAAUUUCAAAUAAUUAAAAAAUUAUAAUAUAUAUAUAGCAAUUUAAAAGAAAAUUUAAAUAAUUAACAAAAAUAUAAUAAUUAAAAAAUUUAUAAUGUUUAAAAAAUAUAUAUAAUAAUGAAAAAUUGAAAUGAGCAAGACAACGCUAAUUUUAUCGAUAUUAGAAAAUAAUAUGAACAUGUUAACUCCAAAUGUAUCGAUAUUAAAUAAUAAUAUAAGGAAGGUAACUCUAGAAUUGUUUACAUAUAAUAAAAAAUAAUAUUUACAAAAAGUUGUGGCACGCGAAAGUCAGACGUAUUUAAGAAGUAUUAAAAAGAGAGUUACGCACAUUAUAACUCUAAACAUAAUUGAAAUGUUUGCUAAAUAUGUAUAGCACUACAUGAAACAUUUCUUAAAUAACAACUAGCGAAAAUGUAUUACUUUAGUGACAAGUAAAAAUCUUUGAAGUGGGAAUAUUUCGGAACAGUAACAAAGUGGACGAACAAAAACUAAUAUUUAUUAAAAAAUAUGCGAUUUAUUGAAAACAAAAACUUUAAUUUAUUAAAAAAGAACGACAACUUAUUAAGAAAAACUACAAUUUAUUAAGAAAAAUCUACAAUUUUUUGAAAAAACAUUAAUUUAUUUGAAAGAACUUCAAUUUAUUUAAAAAAUUUUCAAUUUAUUGAAAAAAAUAUAAUUUAUUAAAAACAAACUACAACUUAUUAAAAAAAAACUACAAUUUUUUAAGAAAAAUCUACAAUUUAUUAAAAAAAAACUAUAAUUGAUUUAAAAGAACGACAACUUAUUUAAAAAAUCUACAAUUUAUUGAAAAAAAAACUAUUUUAUUUAAAAAAGAUUACAAUUUAUUAAAAAACAACCUUGUUCAUAUUGUACACUUUGUGCAAAAUAUACUAGCACACAUGUAUUUAUUACAAUUUAUAUAAUAUACGAAGAAGUUAUAAAAUAUAUUUAAAAAAAAGUUAUAAAAAAUAUAAAAAAGUUAUGAAAUAUAUAGUAUUCAAAUUAGUGAAAUAUAUAUACAAACACAUACAUAAAUAUAAUUACUUAAAACAUAUAUAGUAUACUUAAAAUUACCGUAAAAUUAGUGAUACAUGCGAUUUAAUUUAACUUAUACAUAAAUUUCAACUUAGUCAACUAAUAACUAGUGCAACUUCUAAUGAUAAAUGUUUUUAUGGUAUGUCAUGGAAUUUAAUUAAACAAAUUCAACAACUAAAUAAAUAUAAAAUGUUAUAAAGCCAUUGUGGGUUAGAUGAAGUAGCAUUAGUAUUGUUUGAAUUAUUUAAAUACACACACACAAAUGUUAUAAAGAACUUUUACGAAAUAUGCAUACACAAAUACAUCUAACAAUACUCAUACACACUAAAAUAUACAUAUACAAAAAAUAUAUAUUCCAAAGAAAUGUUUCAAUUAUAAAUUAUAUGAAAUACAUGCGUAAAUAUGUUAUUGAAACUUUAUAAAUUGAUCGCUAAUACAAAAUACAAACAGUAACUAUUUAGACACACUCUAUAUGUAUACUAUAUGAUUAAAAAUAUUAACUAAAUUUCCAAUAUUUAUAUAUAAAUUAUUAUUGUAUUUAAGUUUACAGCACGCUAGUUACUUCUGCUGAAUGAAGCAAGCUUUAAUAAGCUCCUAAUUGUUAUGCGACAUGAAUUCAAUUACUUUCAAAACAUAUUUAAUAAACAAAUAUUUAACAAACCCACAUACAUUGUACAAUAUUAUACGAACCAACUUGAAAAAAACUGCAAAAGCAGAAAUUGAUAUAUAUAUAUUAUUAUUAUGUAAGCAAUUGCUGGUCUAACUAAAAAAUUUCUGGUCCAAAAAGUGAAAAAAAUCUUCAAAAGAAAAAGAAAAAUAGAAACGUAAAUAAAUAAGUGCGACAAACUUGUAUGUGCAUAGGCCAAAAAUGGCGCAAAAAUUGUGUAAAACCAUGUAUGCAUGUAAAUACUGUUGUGCGAUUCAAUGUAAACCCGGAUAACAAAUUAUUAAAGAAAUAUCCUUACUUUGAAUGGUAGCUACAGAUCAAUAAAAAAAACACUAGGAAAACGACAA